UUCAUAUCCUCCCGCUCCCUCUCCUCUCCCCAUUAUUCCCGGCUUCCUCUUGUGUACACCGCCCCCGCCCCCGCCCCGCCUACCAUUUAAUCCCCGCCUGGCCUUGGCCUCUGCCGCCCCGCCGCACAAAAUCGCUUGGCGCACCCGGGGUGCUCCGCCGCGAAACCCUAGCUUGCCCAGCCCCGCCGGGCCAUGGGCAAGUACAUGCGCAAGGCCAAGGUCUCCGGCGAGGUCGCCGUCAUGGAGGUCGCCGCCGCGCCGCUCGGGGUCCGCACCCGCGCGCGCUCGCUCGCGCUGCAGCGCCUGCAGAAGCAGCAGGCGCAGGGGGAGGAGAAGGAGAGCGCCGGCGGCGAGUACCUGGAGCUGAGGAGCCGUAGGCUCGAGAAGCUGCCGCCGCCGGUGCCGGCCGGGAGGAGGUGCGGCGGGAAGAAGGCGGCGGCCGCGGCCGCCGCCGCUCAGGAGGAGGCGGAGGCGUCGUUCGGGGAGAACAUGCUCGAGCUGGAUGGCAUGGAGAGGAGCACUAGAGAGACAACACCUUGCAGCUUGAUUAACUCGGAGACGAUAAGCACCCCUGGAUCCACAACAAGACCCAGCCAUUCUUCCCACCGCAGGGUGCAAGCUCCAGUGCGCACCAUCUCAAUCUCGAAGGAGUUGAAUGAGUUCUUCGGUGCCGCAGAGCGACGGCAACAACAGGCUUUCAUUGACAAGUACAACUUUGAUCCUGUGAAUGACUGCCCUCUCCCAGGCAGGUAUGAAUGGGUGAAGCUAGACUGAUAGAUUUUCAGGACAAGAGAGCAGCAGCAUGGAUCUCUCCUCCGCUCCCUCCACCACCGCAGUGUCGUGGCAGUGGCGCAUACCAUCGCGUUAGCUUUGUUUCUGUUGUAAAAACUUAGGGUUAGCCUGUAGCCUUAAUGGUCCUGUGUAACAAUACAGAACUGAUGCUGAGUUACAACACCCUGAUCUGAUCUGAUUUCUCAACUCCAAUGUAACCCUUAACAGCUCAUUCUGUAAGGAACCUAUUACCCUGCUACCAGUUGCUGGAUUAAUGAAGUAGAGCUAGAUAAUGAUGUUUUAUCACAGUUAUUAA